AUGGCAGCCCCGGGCGGGAAGUUCUUUAUUCAAGACGACAUGUCGAAGCCCGCGGCACACCAUGAAUCCUACGCGCAACUGUGGGAAACAAAGUGGAAGAAGCCUGCAGAAAUGGGCGUCUACCCCUUCAUGUUCGGCACAGCCAAAGACUUCGAGCCUAUCGUUUCCGAACUCACCAAGGGCAACUUCAAGGAACCGUACAACUGGGAUGAGUAUGCCAAAGUGUACUUUCCUCAAGCAGAGCACCUGAAGAGCAUUGCCAAAGAGGCAGAAGCUACUGGCGAGAAAGAAAAAGCAUCCGAGUACUACCUAAGAGCUAGUGCUGUGUACCGUAUUUCAAGAUUUCCCGCUCCGAGGAGUGGCGUGCAAAGAGAAGCAUGGAAGUUGGGUAAGGAGUGCUGCAUCAAGGGCCUGGGCAUGCGCGAGCAUCCUGUCCACGAGGUCGAGAUUCCACACAAACACCGCAGCAACAAUGAGGGCGAAAUCAUCCCCGUCUACCUCCUGAUUCCGAAUACAGCUACAAAAGACAAACCAGUGCCGACCGUCAUCAUCUUCACCGGGCUCGAUGGCUACAGGGCCGAGCUCGCUGUGUGGAUGGAAGGCUGGCGCCGAGUAGGAGUUGCGACGAUUGUGUUGGAAAUUCCGGGGACUGGCGACUGCCCUGCCACAGCGUCUGAUGCAAAGAGCCCAGACCGACUGUAUAGUAGUCUAUUUGACUGGAUCGACGAGCAGCCGCUGCUUGACAACAAGAAGACGGCCAUCUGGGCCUUCAGCACAGGCGGAUUUUACGCCAUGCGCGUCGCGCACACGCAUGCUGACCGCCUGGCCGGUGUGGUCGCGCUGGGAGGAGGAUGCCAUCACAUGUUUGAUCGAGAAUGGCUGGAUAAUGUGAACCACUUGGAGUAUCCCUUCGACCUGGCCAACACACUGGCGUACAAGUGGGGGUAUGGAGACGACGUCGAAACGUUCAAGAAGGAGGCGAAGAGCAAAUUCUCGUUGCUAGAGGACGGGACGCUGGACAUGCCCGAGUGCGCGAGACUACUACUGGUCAACGGAACCGAGGACGAGAUCUUCCCUAUCGACGACUAUUACCUCGCUCUCCAGCAUGGUGCGCCCAAGGAAGCGAGGUUUGUCACGGGCAUCAAGCACAUGGGCGAGCCUAUAAGCUUUUUCAUCAUUAUCAGAUGGCUGUACAAGUUGUUUGGGAUUGAGGCGGAUGUAGCCAAGCAGAUGCAGACAAUACCGUUCAAGGCCAAGUAUUGA